UACAAACUUCGGACUGAGACUAGAGAGAGAGAGAAAGCGAGUUUGAGUUAGUGACUCAGUGAGUGGAAGAAGAAGAAGAAGAGGAAAAUGGAGGGCGAGCCGACUCGGAUAAUGAUGGGAGUGAACGAGUCGACUAUCAAGGGGUAUCCACACGCGUCGAUAAGCAGCAAAGGAGCGUUCGAGUGGACCCUCCAGAAGAUCGUUCGCUCCAACACCUCCGGCUUCAAGCUCCUCUUCCUUCACGUCCAAGUCCCCGAUGAAGACGGUUUUGAUGACAUGGAUAGCAUUUAUGCGUCACCUGAAGAUUUUAAAAACAUGAAGAACAGGGACAGGGCAAGAGGGACUCAUCUGCUUGAGUUCUUUGUCACUAGAUGUCAUGAAAUGGGGAUUUCUUGUGAGGCAUGGAUCAAGAGAGGUGAUCCCAAAGAAGAAAUCUGCCAUGAGGUGAAGCGAGUCCAGCCUGAUUUUCUUGUUGUAGGAAGCCGGGGUCUUGGCCCUUUUCAGAGGGUUUUUGUAGGAACCGUGAGCGAAUUUUGCGCGAAGCAUGCUGAGUGCCCUGUCCUCACAAUCAAACGCAGGGCAGAUGAAGCUCCUCAGGACCCUGUUGAUGACUGAUUCUUCUAGAAAUGUGCUUGAUUUGUUUCCCUCUGUUUAUAGGCUUCAUACCUUCUGUUAGAACACGUGUGAGAAUUGCCCCUUGAUGUUUAUAUUUUGCGUCCUGUGGGCUCACACAUGGAGCAAACAUUCAUAUGGAGAAAACUAUUUCUUCUAUAUGGUCAUCCACUGAGUUUUCAGACUA